AUGCUACUACUCUUCCUCUUGCUGACGAGCAUACCAGCUGGAAAACCAUUUAUAGGAGAAGAACUUAAGAAAAUCGCAAAAAACGAUGAAGUUGAACAUUUGACUGGUCAAGCGCUUGUGGACGGAGAAUCUUUGACCUACGCAACGCACAUGGCUGGCACAAUCUAUCGUUCAUGUUGGCUGCCCCCCCUUGUGGACUACAUAAACUCACACCAAAACCUAUACAAGGCAAAAUAUAAACCGGGAAUUGAAAAAUUUGUCCGGUCACGUAUAAUGAGAUCCAAGUACCUCGAGGACCCACUUGCAGCAGAGUUGAUGGAGCGCAGAGAAAUUGUUGGAGAAGACCCACUUCCUGAAAGUUUCGAUUCACGUGAGCACUGGCCAAAGUGCGCUGAAGUGAUUGGUCACAUUCGGGACCAGUCCAACUGUGCAUCAUGUUGGGCCGUAGCAAACGUCGAAGUUAUGUCAGAUCGCUUAUGUAUCCAGUCUGAUGCAAAAUAUAAAGUAAGUACACCUUCCGACACUGACUUGCUCGCAUGUUGUGGAUCAUUCUGCGGCUUUGGAUGCGAGGGUGGUUAUACUAACCGCGGCUGGCCCUACUUCAAGGCAUCUGGGAUUUGCACAGGAGGCCCAUAUGGUGAUAAGAAAUCCUGCAAACCAUAUGCAUUCUACCCGUGUGGUAAACAUGAAAAUCAGACUUAUUAUGGACCAUGUCCCUACUACAAUUGGGUAACACCGACAUGCCGCAAUAUGUGUCAACUCAAAUCUCGCAAGAAUUAUGAAAGUGACAAGUUUUGGGGAGGAGAGGCGUAUGUCGUCAGCGGGAACGAGACCGCAAUUAGAAGAGAGAUAAUGACCAAAGGACCCGUACUUGUUACCUUCUACGUGUUUGAAGACUUUAUGUACUAUUCAGGAGGAAUCUAUGAACAUUACUAUGGUUAUGAUGAUCAAGGAGCGCAUGCCGUAAAAAUUAUUGGGUGGGGAGUGGAGAAGGGAACAAAGUACUGGCUGGUGGCAAACUCAUGGAAUGUCGACUGGGGAGAAAAAGGUUUCUUCCGUAUAAUACGCGGUCAGAACGAGUGCGGAAUCGAAGCGGGUGUUAUUGGCGGAAGUGUCGACCUCAGUAAAAUCCAUUGAAUGUGAUCUUAUCCUCCAAUAUAUGUACUAGUAACCCUUCUGGUCGCUAUAAGUGGGUUGGGGUAAGAAUUAGCAAGUGCUUAGCUAAGAUCGUGAAUCUACACUACGUUUUCAUUCUUUGUAUAGAAAAGUUUGUGCAUGAAUUUUCAGCUUUGAAGAUAUAUAUAAAAUUAACGAAGAUUUCUGUAUUUGU